AGUAGGGCUAUUGAGUCCCGGCACGUGACAGACUGCAACAAACUUCUUAAUGGAAUCACAGCUUUGUUUUUCCGCAAAAGAAAAAACAGUUUCGAGAAACCAUAGGUCGGAAGUAUACCGGAAAUUUCAAUGCUUGGGUUUUGAGCUGCCAAAAGCACGUGCUUUACGACUGAAAACUGCUUCCAAACAACUUACCGACCUGUCAAUAUUUUUUUCAAAUGUUUUAGCUUUGGUUAAAUAAUUAUGUAAGUUUGAUCAGAAACCGAGCUGAAUUAAAACCUUUGAAAUUUCAUUAUGAGUUGCAAUAAUAUAAAUAAUCUUGGAUUCUUU